AUGGGAAAGAAGAAAGCUAUACAAAAGUCUAAUAAAGGAGAUCUCAUCCCAGCUCCAGGCCCUUUGGAGCAGCAAAUUGAAGGAGCGAAGAUAGCGAAAGCUCGUUUGGAAGCAAGAGAGAAGAGGAAAAGAAAGCCGGAACUGGAAACAGAAGAGUACAUUCCAAACAAUCUAUCUGAGAAAAUAAUAGCCCAAGCAAGAAAGCAACUUCAUGAGAUUGGGGAUGAUGAUACUCCGGAAGAAAAUGAUAACAGGAAGAGGUUGCGACAGGUUAGUCUUGGUGCCAAAAGCGAUGAUGACUUCGACUUGGAAGAACUUUCUGAUGGUGACUAUGAUGAUCAAGUGAUAGUAAGUUUCUCC